AUGGAGCGCGAUCUCACCGUUCGAGCUGCAAACAUUAAAACGUUGGGAGAGUUCUUACCAUGGGACUACGAGUGCGACGAGUACCUCGAUUCUCUGAGGGAAAAAUGUUGCAAGAAGCAACGAACCGGAAUAGUCAACUCUCUGGUGGCGCAAAUUGUGCGUCUGGAGGGUGUGAGGAACACCCUGCAUGAGCGUUUUGUGCCCAUCGGUGCUGGAUACGGCGGAUACGAGAAGAAGGGCUACACGUGGAAGGAGAUCGAGACGGCGUUUAGGAACCGUGUGCUGACGGGUGCGGUUGUCAAUUCCGACUUCAUCGAUCCUCGUGAAUUUUUGGAAAAUAUAAGAAAUACGGUUAUUGAGCGGAUCCAGAGCGUCAUGGCGGAGCAUGGGAACGUUAAAAUCAACACCGCGUUCAACGGGGAAUUUAUCGCGGGUGACAAGACAGCCGUGAAGACCAUCAUCACGAAGAAUCAAGAGAUACAUCCAACAUUUGAUUUACAAGAGUGGUACACGAAGCAUGUGGUUGACGUCAUACAGACAUCUCUGGAGGAGUUUCAGGAACGCAACAGCGGAUGGGCGUUGUCACGUAUCCUGAACCUAACAAUCAAUGUUAACAAGUUGAAUCCUCUACGCGCGGGAUGCCACAUCGAGUUAUCGCGGAAAAUUAUGUUAAAAAAGGCGGUGGUCAACGUGAAAUCAAACGAUAAUGCGUGCUUUGCAUGGGCAGUGGUAGCAGCCUUGUAUCCUGCAAAAAAAAAUCCGGAAAGAACAAUCGAAUAUCCACAUUACUCGACGGUGCUCAACUUGUGCGGCAUAGAGUUCCCCAUGACGCUUCCGCAAAUUUCAAAGUUUGAGAAACUGAACACCAUCUCCGUCAACGUUUUCACUAUGGAAGACUCCAAAAUCAUCCCUUUGCGCCUCGCCAACGACAAGAUGGAGAAGCACGUCAAUUUGUUGUACGUGCACGGAAACAACGAUGCACAUUUUGUGUGCAUUAAGGAUCUGUCGCGGUUGGUGAGCUCGCAAUUGAGCAAGCAAAAUGGCAAAAAGUACAUUUGCGAUCGGUGUCUACAUUACUUUUAUACACAGGAGAAAUUAUCGGCGCACAGCGUCGAUUGCGGCAAAAUGAACGAUUGCGCCGUCGUUCUCCCCAGCGAGGAUAACAAGUGGCUGACAUUCAGCAACUACAACCGGAAGGAGCGGCUCCCGUUUGUAGUGUACGCCGAUCUCGAAUGUACGCUCGAGAAGAAGGAUGGACAAGACGGCACCACAUACGCCUAUCAGCAUCACAAGGCGUUUAGUGUAGGAUAUUAUGUAAGUUACGUGUUUCCCUACGAGUACAUCGACAGCGUCGACAAGCUCCGAGACACAAGCCUACCAUCGCGCGAAUCGUUUUACAGUUUGCUCACCGGAGAAACGGUAUCCGAGAGCGAUUACGCGCAUGCGACAAACGUCUGGCAAACCUUUUCGAUCGAAACUCUUGGACAGUACAGCGAUUUGUAUUUGAAAACAGACGUUCUUUUGUUGGCGGAUAUUUUCGAAAAUUUCCGAAACACGUGUCCAUAA